AUGGCUCCAAUAUCAAUUAAAGAACCUAAAAAGCUCACUAAGACAAAGGCUAGAGUCGUUGAUUCUUUAAGCGUAAGUAAUAUUAUUGACACAUAUGAAUCGCCAAAUCCUGCCAGUCAAAUUAGUGAGGAGAGAUCUCACACUAAUUUUGAUGUUGUUAAGAUGCAUCAAUUCUUGGAAGGUUCAGUUGAAAAAUCCAAUUUGAUUUUGAGUUUAUACAAAUCAAUUGAAAGAGAUCCAAUCUUACAAACCAAUUUUGAGCACUAUGAUCUUGGAUAUAAGGAUGAAAGAGCUUUAGUAGCUCUGAGAAUUGACAGAAUGGCUAGAUAUCUUGAAAUUGAAGAUUCUAAAAAAUUCUUGAGACGUUUGAAUUUAAUGACUGUUAUUGAUCCUUCAAUGGGUAUCAGAAUUGCUGUUAACUUGGGUCUUUUCUUACAUUGUAUCAAAGGUAAUGGUACGGAUGACCAAUUCAACUAUUGGGCACAUCAUGAAGAAGCUGCUUCCAUUAAAAAAUUAUAUGGUUGUUUUGGUAUGACUGAAUUGGGUCAUGGUUCUAACGUUGCUGGUUGUGAAACUACUGCUACUUUUGAUAUUGAAAGAGAUGAGUUUGUCAUUGAUACACCUAACAUUAGUGCAACUAAAUGGUGGAUUGGUGGUGCAGCUCAUUCUGCCACUCAUACUGUUUGUUAUGCCCGUUUGAUUGUUAAGGGUAAAGAUUAUGGUGUUAAGACUUUUAUUGUUCCAUUAAGAGACUCUCAACACAACUUAUUACCUGGUGUCGCUAUUGGUGAUAUCGGUGCAAAGAUGGGAAGACAAGGGGUUGACAAUGGUUGGAUUCAAUUUUCUGAUGUUAGAAUCCCUCGUUAUUAUAUGUUGCAAAGAUGGUGUAAGGUUGAUAAGUUUGGUAAUGUCUCUUUACCACCAUUGGAACAAUUAUCUUACAUUAGUUUGUUACAAGGUAGAGUUGGUAUGUCUACUGAUUCUUACAGAAUUGGAGCUAGAUUUAUUACUAUUGCUUUAAGAUAUGCUGUUGGUAGAAGACAAUUCAAGAAGGAUCCUUCUGAUAAGUUAGAAUCCAAAUUAUUAGACUAUACUUUACACCAGAGAAGAUUAAUUCCAUAUUUGGCUUUAACUUAUGCUAUGGCUGUUGGUACUGACAGAUUAGAAAAACAACAUGAUAUUGUUUUAGAAGAAUUAGAACAAGCUCUUAAGGCUAACAGUCAAACUUUGAUUAACAAAUCUUUAAUUGAUACCAAGGCUUUGUUCAUUGAUUCUGCUUCUGUUAAAUCUACUUUAACUUGGUUAGCAGCCGAUUUAAUCAAUGAGGCAAGACAAGCAUGUGGUGGACAUGGUUAUUCUUCUUACAAUGGUUUUGGAAAGACUUACAGUGAUUGGGUAGUUCAAUGUACUUGGGAAGGUGAUAACAAUGUCUUAGGUAUUGCCGCAGGUAAGACCAUUAUUAAG